AUGGCCUCUUGCUUCCAUGCCAGUGCCGCGGAUCUCAUUCCACCGGGGCCUUCUCAGGCUGUUUAUCGAGAUGAUUGCACCCAGUGCUUUGAUUCUAUCGAUGACGAAAGCGGUCUCAACGUCUGUCUGCAUUGUUUUAAUGGUGGAUGUUCCGGUGAUAGGGACCAUGCUCUCCUCCAUUACAAGCGGUUCGGUCACUCCCUAGCUCUUAAUAUCCGGAGAACUCCCAAAAAGAUCCAGCGUGACGAGCCUCCGCCGAAAAUUUCCAAGCUUGCCAUCGCCGCCGAGACAGAAGAGGAUAGGUAUGAUAUUGCUACCUCGGUGGUAUGCUAUGAAUGCUCUCAGCACGAUGUCGAUAAGAGCAUUGGCAAUCUACCUGUGGUAAUUGAAGGUAUUAUGACCGCAAUGACCUUUGCCAAGAGAGAAGAAAUCAAGGCCUGGGAGCAAGAAUUUGUUCCUUGCGAGCAUACCCUCUGUCUAGUUCAACAAGAGUCUGAACAAGCCGCAUCCAAAGAUUCAAGCCAUUGUACAGAGUGCGAUCUGUCCGAGAACCUCUGGCUGUGUUUGGAAUGCGGGAAUACAGCUUGUGGACGAAGUCAGUUCGGUGGCAGUCGGGGAAAUUCACAUGGUCUUACUCACGCCGACUCAACAUCACAUGCGGUUGCCGUCAAGCUAGGCUCGAUCACAGCAGAGGGCUCGGCUGACGUCUACUGCUAUAAGUGCAAUGAGGAAAGAGUGGACCCAGAGCUGGCCACGCAUCUUGCGCAUUGGGGAAUUUAUCUGGCCGGGCGUGAAAAGACUGAGAAGAGCCUGAUGGAGAUGCAGGUUGAACACAACCUACUAUGGGAAUUCUCAAUGAAGACUGAGGACGGCCGGGAGCUGACCCCUGUUUUUGGGCCCGGCUUUACAGGUCUGGCCAACCUUGGGAACAGCUGUUAUCUGUCCAGCGUCGUGCAAUGCAUCUUCUCCGUGGCCGGAUUUUGUGAGCGAUACUAUCAGCCGUCUGAAGAACCACCACUUUGUCAAGCACCAGCGCAAGACCUAGAGACUCAAUUACGAAAACUCGCGGAUGGAAUCCUCUCUGGACGGUACUCCCGACCCGAUUCCCGCCUUCUUUCGUCUCCGGAUGCAGAAGCUGCCCAUCAAAAGGGUUUAGCGCCGACCAUGUUCAAGUACCUGGUAGGGCAGGGCCACGAAGAAUUUGCAACCAUGAGACAGCAGGACGCAUUUGAAUUCCUUCUCCACCUGUUCAAGUUAAUCAGCCUGUCCAAGCACUCUGGUGGGCGGAAUCCAGUGCAGCAAUUCCGUUUCCUAGUUGAGCAGCGUCUCCAGUGUUUGCAUUGUAAGAAAGUCCGCUAUCGAGUGGAUGAGCAAGACAACAUCUCUGUUGCAGUUCCCGCACGUCGCACCACUACCUCGGACGAGACCGGAAGUCAGUAUGAGUCAAUUACUCUGUCAGAGUGUCUGGACAUCUUUACUUCGGGUGAAGUUGUUGAGCUUACAUGCCCUGCCUGUGCCAGCCAGGGUGGCUUCAUGAAACGGUCGACAUUCAAGACGCUGCCUUACGAAUUAGCAGUCAAUGCUCGUCGAUUUGAAUUAGUCAACUGGGUCCCUACAAAGCUCGACAUCCCUGUCCUUGUGGAUGACAAGCCACUGGAUUUCAGCUCCUACAUGGCUGCUGAGCAUGAUGCUAGUGAGGAGCUACUUCCAGAAGUGGAGGAAUCCACGGCAUUUGAACCGAAUCCACAGCUACUUGAUCAACUCUUAAGCAUGGGCUUCCCUGCCGUCAGGUGUGAGAAAGCCCUCCAUGCCACUGGUAACUCGGAUCCAGAAGCUGCCAUGAAUUGGCUGUUUGCCCACAUGGAAGAUUCAGACAUCGAUGAACCGGUGGCCCUGGGUCAACAAAGCGGUGGAUCCGAAGGUGCUGAACAUGACGUGACAAAAAUUGCUCAGCUGGGCGAUAUGGGCAUCGAGGCGCCCCGCGCUCGACAAGCGUUGGCUGCAACCGAUGGCGAUGUCAAUCGGGCCCUUGAUUGGGUUUUCAGUCACCCUGACGAGCCAGUAGACGAGGAAGGUGCCGGUACAAGUGAUGAUACACAAGCUCAUGAUGGCCAGGUUGGACUCGUCAGCUUACCUGCUCGUUAUGAAUUACGGUCGAUUGUAUGCCACAAGGGCACUUCUGUCCAUGCAGGACAUUAUGUUGCCUUCGUUCGCAAAACGUUACCCGGUCAAAGCCACCUGUCAUGGGUUAUGUUCAAUGACGAAAAGGUGGUCCAAUCUGAAGACAUUGAGGCGAUGAAGAGAACGGCAUAUCUGUAUUUCUUCAAACGGGUCUAG